CACGGAUUGGAUUUGCACAGAUGCGCUUUAUAUUUUAUCGGUAGAUUUCUGAAGUUUUUUUAAUUCGAUACUAGUACUCAAAAUUUAUAUACAUUCUUGGCAAAAGGGAAUACAAUUAACACUUAAAAACUUGUAAGCACAAGAUGCGGUGGGCUUCAUAUUACGCCAUAUUUCUCGUCGUCUUGGAAACCCACGCUGCAGUCUGGGAAUGUAAACUUCCGGGAUUGUUUAAGGAGUGUUAUGACUUCUACUCACGAAUGGCCAGGGUACAAGACACGCCAGCUUACUCCAUUCAGAGCCGAUGUAUCAACUCCUACUUAUGGAAAACGUCAUUUGCACGUUACCACGUCAGUCUGAGCACGUCAGAUAUUAACUACAUCCGGUCCCUCCAGCGGGAAAUGGAAUCCAAGCGGCGCUACAAACGGUACAAGAGGCAGGCUGCGACACCCGUGGCUGUACGAAGGGAGUUCAGAACCCUAAGCGACGCAGAGAGGGAAGCUUUCUUUAAUGCCGUCAACGCUAUGAAGAACGAUGGGAGUUAUGAUGCCCUGGCAAAUAUGCACACAGGAAUCGCCCUACAGUCAGGUCAUGAGGGGCCGGGAUUUUUGGCAUGGCACAGAGAAUAUUUAACAGCAUUUGAGACAGCUUUGAGGCGCGUGGAUCCGUCAGUCAGUCUCCCAUACUGGGACUCAUCCAAAGACUUCGUUAUGGACGACCCCGCAUUAACUUCUUUCUUCUCCUCGGCACUGGUCGGAAACGGUGACGGAAUAGUCGUCAACGGGCCAUUUGCAGGCUGGCCAGCCCGACCGGACGGACAGAGACUGUCACGUGAUAUCGGCGUCAUUGGGUCCCUAUUCACACCCGAAGGUCUGGAUUUGUUCCUGAACGACCCUACAGUGAAUUUGACGAGACAGAUUGUUUUGGGCACCAACGAAAUGCUAGCCAACACUCUGGAGGGACAGCACAACAACGUACAUAACUGGGUAGGAGGAGAUAUGUCCAGACUGAAUACAGCGGCUCACGACCCCGUCUUCUUCAUGUACCACGCCCAUGUCGAUUAUGUGUGGGAGAGGUUCAGAGAGAAGCAAAUCGCCUUAGGCUCUGCAAAUCCGGAAGCUGAUUAUCCGAUCAUAAACUCACCACUACAUCAGCCCGAUCGAGCCAUGGAUGGCUUCCCCAAUGUAACAAAUCUCGAUGGUUUCAGCAAUAGAUAUACCAGCGAAUUGUACACGUAUGCGAAUUCUCCGGAGUGCGCCGAUGGGUGUGGCGGAUCUCGGUUUCUGCGAUGCAGUACAACUAUAAAUAGAUGUGUUGCUCUUACGGCUGCAGAAGUCGGUGGCACCGCAGACACAAACCAAAAUCCAGUAGUGGACAUGGGCGACUUCCAGUUCUUUAACACGUUUAACGACCCCAGAACACGAUUUGCACGUUCAACAGAACACGUCAGACACAAGAGAGAUAAUGCUUACAUUCAAACUCUGCUUCCAAAGUACACAUCGAACCUUUCCCACAAACCAACUUCACUAGCCAAUCCGUUCACAAUAUACGGUUUUAAUAAUCAUAAAGCAACCAUGCCACAUAAACCAAGGUACGCAUCUAAAACAGCUGUAAUCCAUGGCACGACCCCUGUGCUGGAGAGGGGUCGGCAGAAUUUAUUUUCAUUAGAUGGCGUUUGUGAUGUCUCAAGAUGGGCAUACAUCCCGGUGAAAAUUAUCAACGAAAGAGAUGUUUCUGGACCAGGUUUCAACAGUCCAAUUAUCGUUCGGGACCAGUUCAUACCUGGCGUAGACAUUUAUAACCCCCUCGUGUACACGGCGCUCAGGCCUCUUUUUUAUCAGACCAGAGGCCAAGUUGUGGCUAAGUUCCCGACAUGCAAGAACGUUAACUCUGGAGUGAAGAAAGUGUACAUCCGCUCUGACGGUCUGACCUACGACGGACAUUUCAAAGAACACGCUGUGAUGGACGAGAGACAACCGAUCUCAGAGACAACUGCCUAUGUGGCGGUGAAACAUCCUAAACUAGGCCCAGGUAAGGCCAUUCUCACUGCUUACGAUUCCUCAGGACGAGUCUGUGAGCCUAAAUGCCUCAUCCCAGGAUCCUACCCGCCAUCCUACCGAACUUGUUCCGGGGUCAUCAAUAUUUCAAAUUUGCCGCCAAAAAUGUAUGGCGAUGACUAUGGACAAGCGGUUAGGAGUCAGUGGAACUUUGUCCCCGGUGGGUGUCCCUCUCAACAGAGGAGCCCUAUCUACUUAGUCUUCUAUUGUUCACCGUCAGUACAGUGGCCGUGGAAGAAAUGUCUGACAUAAAAAAAAGUAGUCAUUUAAUGCUUAAUUGACAACUCAUUAUUGGUCCUGGUGUUACAAGUUUGCAAAUAAUUUUCUUUUUCAA